AUGGUCAUCUCUACGCUGUACUUCUCGGCGCCAACAUCAGCAGAAGCGUGGGCGACUGACCACCCUGCCAUGAAGUUCUACUCCAAGUACGUCCAAGACUUUGGCAAAAGAUUCGAUACAACACAGCCGGAUAGGUACUAUGCCGAUGACUGCAGAGUCACAAUGCCAGACAACAGCAUUAUCGACAUGAGCCAGGGCAGUCGAGGACUCUGGCAGUUCUUUGGUCGUGAACUGUAUGGCAUGUUCCCUAAGGUCGAGAGGGAUCUGCUGAGCUUGAUCAUCGUUACGGACGAUCAGAAGGGUACUCAUGACAUCCAUAUGCAGACGAUCACAAGCCUGCAUACUGGCAAGGGCAAAGUCGAUGUACCGCAGUCUUUCACGUAUACUCUUGGGGAAGCGGAUGAAGGCAAAGGCACCAACGGACUACAGUUUCCGAAGGGCAGCACUUGA